UUCCUUUCUCAAAUGUUAUCUGUCGAUAUCCUUCUGCUUAUAGCGUUGUAGCCUAUUUAAUUUAUGGAAAAAUUUCUUCUUAAAUCUGUCGAGCCAAUUUUAAAAGCAUUUGGUGUUAAAAUCGGGUGCAAUUUUCCUAUUUUGCAAUUAAUUUCUUACCGGGUUUUUACUACUAGAAGUGGCACGGUUUACGUAGAAUGUAAAAUUCGAAGGUUUACACAUCGCGAUCUUUUUCCAUUUCUGAAUUUACUCAUAUUAUUUCAUGUAAUCCAUACAUCCAGAAUGAUGAGUUGUCACCUUCACAGGUGUGUUCAGCAUCUUUGCUUAUCUCCGCUUCAUUGGGUUUGUAAUGGGGAUAAUCAAAUCUGUGGUUUAGGUGGAUGUCUAGGAGGGAGUAGGGAUUUUCCUUAUUUCCCUUUGCUCGUUUGCGUGACAAGUUAGGCUGGUAAAGCCAAUCGAAGAAAGAUCAUUGUGCUUUCGAUGGUGAUGUGACUCGAUGUAUUCGUGUACACCUCCGCCAUUGAAAUAUGUUUGUGUGAGUCGCAGGUGCAGCCAUGCUGGAUGGACGUUCAGAUGGAAGAUAAUCUUUGCGUUUGUUCCACCCGCUGGAAUAUGGGGCGCAUGGUUGUCUCAUUGGGUGUCAUUGGUAAUCUGACUGCCAUCAUUGGAAAUUUGGCCGGCAUUUUCGGAUGUCUCGUCGGACUAAACGACGCCGUUAUCGCCAUUACAUUUGUGGCGUUUGGAGAUCAGAUCAGAUCCCUGCCGGAUCUGUUCGCAAGUCGGGCUGCUGCGAUUAACGAAAAAUAUGCUGACAACGCUAUCAGAAACGUGACUGGAAGUUGAUGAUUUCAAAAAUGAACACCCUAAAUAGCAAUGGAAAUUGAAAGCCAUCGGCCAGAAGUGACAGAAACGAUAAAAAAAUCAUCUCAUUUCACGUCUGGCAACGAGUGUCCUACACCUACGGGAGAGCUAUCCUUAUCAUGCACGAUUAUGUUCUGGAUAAUGAUAAAGUCCCCAGCUAUUUCUCUAUUGAUUGUUAGUUAACAAUGAUUCCAAAAGCUGCAGCCCGCCAACUUGGUUGAACCUCUGAAUUGUCACAAGCCCAUCUCUUUGUGACUUGAUCCGCUUACCGAUCAAUUGUCGUCAUCGCGCAUCUUCGACAAGAGAAUCACGUGAAAAACUGGCGAACAACGUUAUCCAUUUCAGGAGCUUGCAGUUCAUUUGCUAGUCAUUGCAACAAUACUUUAAUGAAAGAUCGCUUUAAAAAAAAGGACUAAAAUCCAGCCGGCGUCCAUCGAGAUAACGUUAUCUACUAUUGGCAUUGUUUGUUAAGAUAAGGCCUUUUGUCUAGACAAAAGUGGGUUUCCUAGUUCCACAUUUUGGUUAGAAAAACGGUGCCUUGCAAAAUGGUAUUGGGCAAAAAAGAAAAUGAUGGGCCAGGCUCUGGCCAUAUUGACGACGUCACCCCAUCGAGGAGCACGUCAGCAUCAACGGCGCAAGUAGGAAACCAAAUCAAAAAGGUAGUUGAUGGAAGCCACGGUUGGAAGUUUGAAUCUAAAUUGUUGACAUUGUUUUGCAUUCGAGCACUUGCGGCCGGUUAUAAGUUUGAAGUGGCCAAAGAAAGGGAAGACUUGGGCGGUAAAUUUGACGACUUGAUUUUCCGAUAUCAAGUCUCAGAUGGAACGCCUGAAGGUAAACGUUGGCGCUAUCGCUGCUUGCAAGCCAAACACAAGGUUGACGAGUCAUUCAGGAUAAAUGCAACCCACCUCCUCGAAGACAAUGACAAGGGUGAAUUCAGCUUACCAAAAUAUUUCCGUUCAUUCUGCGAGAUGAAAACGAGUCGGGAAGACAUUCACGACUGUAUCCUUUGCACCAACAGCGGUAUUAACUUGGAUGAUUUUGAGAAGAAGGGUAUCAAAUUUGUACAGCUUAAGGCAACCAGCCAACCUGAAGACAUUCUAGAAUUUGGUCCGGAAGAAAAGCAAAGAGAAAAGACGUACACAGUUCGUUAUAAACUAGAAUUCACAAAAGAUAACGUGUUGUCAGACAUAGAUCGUCUUGCCAAACAGUUGGAAGUCUUCGCGGUAAAAGGUGACAAAGCUGAUUUUAGACCCUUGGGAGUCUUAAAAACGUAUCGCGUUGCUUUAAUCAAUGAACGCGUCAUUGAUUUAAACACGAAAAAGUUCCAUUUGGAUUUUGUGAACGAGGCUGAAAAUCUGUCCGAUGAGGCUAAACAACUACGUCAAAUCCUCAGCAAACAGUUGAAAAUGGACAAGUUGCAAAAAUGCGAAUUCAGUCAGUAUAGCAAAUUAGAAAAAACUGAAUGCGGCAGGAAAACGGGAAUUCCGCAGACGUUAAAAAUCGAGGACGCAGACGUUAACGCGUUUCUUGAUAAAUUCGUGUUGGUCGUAAACAUGCCAAACGAAGAGGAAUUGGAAGACAUUUUACAAACUCAAGACGUGAGCAAGUACUACCCUAAGAAAGAAUGCAAACUGCAAACGAUCCGCUUAGUCAAAGAAAUAUCAGAAUUUUUUAAAAAGGAAACAAAGAAUUGGAUAACAUCAGAAAAUGCAAAGAACAUGCUAUUAGCUGGUGUCACGGACGUAUCACAACAAUAUAAGGAAGAAUUGGGAAAUGAGGUGGGGUUCAACGAAGUAGCCAUACAAGAAAUGGCCGUUAAACUAAAACAUUUGCUGGACAGAAGCAACACGAUUAAGCGCAUUACCACAUCAUCACCGAGACAUACGGCCGUCAAAGUCAUUUCGACCUUUCCAGAAUUGCAACGGGGAUAUAAGGCAUCAAUUAGCCACCUGGUGAUAUCAUCUAAUCAAUUACAAUCCAAGGAAGACGCGGAGCGAUGGAAAAAUGUGUUGAAAUUACCGAACGAUUCUGACCAUUUUCUGCUAGUCGUUUGCGAUGAUGGCGUGCAGCCGUUACAAGAACAUCAUGUUGCAAAAUUGGGUGAAGGAGAGACAACACAACGAAAUAAGGUGAUUGUCAUCAGCGGCAAGAAAGCUGCAAUCGCUUAUCAUAUACGCGAUGAAAUCAAGUAUACACAGCUAGGUAAAUCCUUCAAGCAAAAGAUCCUGUCGAUAAGGGUUUCAUUCCAAGGAAAGAAUGAAACUGUUGGGCGUUUAGUUGGCCCUAAGCCGGAAAAUGUGUUGGAUUCCUUAGAAGAGCUUCUACGUCCUGAAGUUGGGCAAAUCAUCAUUCCAUCGUUCGAUUCAUCCCGUUUCAAGAAAUCCCUUUACAUCAAUAGACGAGUGAAAUAUGCAUUUGACGGACGUUUCAUCGCUGAUCUAGCCAAGCGUUUGGAAUGCACUGUGAAAAAACUAAACGGGGAAUGCAGAAUCAGUUCGCAGGGCCAAAUUGAGUGGCUGGUCGACGGCGAGCGUCGCAAACAAAUUUGGGAAAACAUAACUCAAAUGAACGACCAAUCGUCAGGAAAAAUUUUUGAAGACAGCCAAUUAAUUCAGUUUGGCGAGGAGCAGAAUGAGCAUCCGGUUGUCAUCAUAUGUGGCGUGGCUGGAACAGGCAAAUCGACUCUCCUUUCCCACUUCUACAGUGAAAUCAAGAAGAAGAAGCCUGACUGUUGGGUUAUCAGAUUGAAUUUAGUUGAACAUUGUGAUGCCAUAUUGAAUCUCGAAAGUAGCAGACCUGAUUUCAUUGGAUUCCUCAUCGAUCAUCAGCAUGUCAUCUACAAUAAAUGCCCGUUUUCUCGCUCGUUGCUGAAUCACCGGUUCAAGACGGGCCAGCAGAUCGUCUUCAUGUUUGAUGGCUACGAUGAAAUCGGUGGAAAACACCAAGAAAUUGCGGUUCAAAUGAUGAAAUCCAUUCAAAAGAAGGGCAUUCAACUGUACGUCACUACCCGCACCCACAUGGCCUAUCAUCUGCAAAAUGAAUUAUGCCAGUUGGCUUAUUAUUUGGAAAACUUUAGUGAAGUGGACCAAAUCAAUUAUCUGGCCAAGUAUUGGACGAAAGAAUUGGAACUGCAGGAUGGGGUGCAAGAUGGAGCCAUCAAGGAAUUUGCCAAAUCGCUGGUGGCUCAAGUGUCGGAGAGUCUGAAAGACGAAGAAAGAGCCUUCAUCGGAAUCCCUUUGCAAUGCAGAAUUCUCGCCGAAUGCUACCAGCAAAAAGUUGGCGACAUUGUGCGAAACAACAAUCGACAAUCUGAUAAAUUAUUGUCCCAAAAACUGUUGGCUUUACUUGACGAUCAGAAAUUUGAUUUAGUUAGUCUGUACAGCCAAUUGAUGGAAAAAAAACGCGACAUCUUUCUACAGGAAAAAAGCCAAGCCGGCUCCAAUCCGAUUGUGGAAUUUGCUAUGAGGAGCACGAUAAAGAAAAUCGACUUACGAUUAACGAAAUUGGCCGUCGAAACCAUCGUCACUGAACCAAAUGUCCUCAAAAUGUUUUGGCCAACAGAAUUUUCGGGCGAAUCCAGCGAUGAUGUGGUUCAAGAAGAAAGUCACAGUCUGAAUUAUGGCUUAACGUUUUCUAAUGGAGAAGGAACGCGACCUCAGUUCUUGCAUCGGACGUUUGCCGAGUAUUUUGUCGCCAAAUAUCUUUACGAAGGAUUUCAUCACGAUGAUGAAUGUCACAACAAACUGCCAGAAAAUGAACCCAUUCGACAAUUGAUUCUGAAAAAAAUCUUGGCCUUGAAGCAAUACGACGGAGUUCAAGUGUUUUUCGAUGGCAUGGUGAAGACUUUGGUCGAUGAGGAUCAAGAAUGGCGUAAGAAAAUUAAUCACCGUGAAUUACCGGUUCGACUCACGAAGAUGAUGACACACGAGACCGGGGAAGUCCAACCUGACUUUAAGAAGGCCGUCCAUUUUUCUAUUUUGAAUGGGAAAGGCAACAUAUUCCGAUUGUUUUGUGACUGUCUUGAUGCCACAUUCGAAAGAAGUGAAGUCUCUCAAUUUGUAAUGAGUACCUUUUUCGAACGGUCAUCCAAUUUUUAUUCGCGCACUUUUUUUGAAGAAAGCAAGUUCUUUAAACGAUUCAUCAAUUAUUUCGGCAUCGAUCCACGCGACCAGAAUGUGUUUCUUACAGAUGACUACCAUACGUCUACGACUAUAGAACAUCUUAUAAGACAUAUGUUCCCAUACAGUGUUUGUCAGUUAAAGAAAAACCGGGACGGGCACCUGGAAACGUUGGAUGACUUUCUUGAGUUUUUGGAAAAUCGGAAUGUGGCUUUCGAUGAAUGUCUUCUGAAGUCCUCUGAAGAUGACCGAAUUAACAAUGCUUUGGUAUGUUUGAUUUGUCACGACAAAUGUCGUAGUAAUCUGAAAAGAUUUCUCGCGCUUUUGUCCAAAUCGACACGUUAUUCGGACGAUUUCAAGUUCGCCAAAUUCUUAAUUAAAGUUUUCAAGUCUGAAAAAGAACUGAUGACUGGGCGAAUUGCCGAAACCGUGACUAUUUUAGACGCACUAGGUCGGUCUACUCUUCUCGUUCAACUUUACGGCGAAGUUUUGUUGAUAGAUCCCGAAGCAUAUCAGCAUAUUUACCAGCCGUUUCGCUUAGAGGAAAACGACGCCAUCCCGACUGACCUCGACAUCCUAUUGGAAAGGGAUUCUUAUGGCAUGACUCUUCUUCAUCGAGCAGCCUUCUACGGUGACAUCGACAUAGUCGAGCAAAUAUUAGCAAGACUUAGUCGGCCAUUUCCCCACGUAAGAGCUACACAAGCCAUUCGCGGGCUGAUGCUUGAACGUAGCAGUCCGUUUUUGUUCGCCACUGCUAAAAAUCACAUGCAAGUCUGUCUCAAACUGUUGGUCUUUUUGAGAGAUUUUGUUUUCUCGACUAACUGACGGAGUUAACUGAGCUGAACGCAUUCAUUCACCGGUCACUUGAUCACGCCAUGAAAUCGGAAAAUGCAGAAAUGUUUCAACUGAUAUUGAACGCCUUCAAGAAAGAACCGAGUUUUUUUUUAAACUAGGAAAAGAGUUGUCAAUUAUCUCAACCACGAAUACAGCGUUCUGGCGUACAACUGUCAACACUUUGCUGGUUUGAUUUAUGGGUUCAUUUAAAAACUAUUCUAGUUAUUCCAUUCUUCUUAACCUGUAGUGCUUUAUUCCCCUUGCAGUCUUGAUUCAGUGCAGCAUUGUAGCCCAUGAAAUCAAUACAAACUCUUUUGGGAAUUUCAAAACAUACAUGCAUAAUCAUACAUUGUGUUAGUCUGGUUUUUCACGAAAGACGAAUAAUACAACUGCCGCAUUAUUGCCGAACAA